UGUUGUACUGUUGUCUUUGCUGUUGAAGGUUAGAUAAGAAAACAGACAGCUCAUCCGUGCCAUACCUUUCCCCAGUGCUGUGUAAAGACAGGGCUGUCUGCUCAUACAGCUCAGUCCCCACUCACCUGGUGGCGUCAAGGCCAUUGUGACUUACCGCCAAAAAGCAUGCGGGACCGCAAGGCGCAUCAUUGGAGCCCACUGCGUUUGGUGUCCGCGCUUGUUUAUUGCAAACCUUGACGCAACUUUGCUGUUUUGUCAGGCGCACAAAUCCACCAUGUGGCAGGUGCGGCACCUCCCACAGAACAGGGAUAUCUUUGUGACGAGUGGAGGAGCUGGAAACCUUCAUCUUUGGAAGUACGAGUAUCCAGCAGAGCGCUCAAAGAAGGAUUCAGAAGGAAGAGAGAUGGGGAUGGCCGGCUCGGUCAGCCUUCUGCAGAACGUGACGCUAUCCACUCAGCCUAUCUCCAGCCUUGACUGGAGCCCAGACAAAAGGGGUCUCUGCGCUUGCAGCUCCUUUGACCAGACCGUGCGAGUGCUCAUUGUCACUAAACUGAACAGGGUUUGACCGAAGAAAGAUUUCCAGCAGGCGCGUUUCUGAGCAAGCUGUUGCCUUUAAAGUUCUGUGAAAUUCUUAUGCCGCAGAAAAUGUGGAAAUAUUUUCCGGGACUGGGUUUUUUAAAAAGCAUCUCUUCGAAAAUGUAACAUUAAUUUCUCUAAAACUUGCCUCCAGAUUUAGCACCUGAAACCCUGUUUGGUUUGGCUGGAUGCUUUUGAGUUUACAGCCCUUUACAUUCACUCCGUUUUCAUGUUCGUUUGUCUCUUGUUAAAUGUUUGCGUUCAUUUUGGUUUGCCCUCCCACAGGAUUAUUCAGCAAUUAUUUGACACUCUAGAAGACAGACCUCUGAAGCAGCAAGUGUGGGUUUGUUUGUGCAGCUUGAACUCCUCUGGGUGUUCAAAAUCUGAACAAUGAUGUUGGAUAGAAUAAAGGCUUAAUAUUUCUAGUAA